AUGCUUAUUGAUCUAUACAUUGACUACGAUUUACAUCUCAAGCAAAACCAAUUGAUAUGCUGUCUGGCGUUGCUGGCCAAGGCGCAAAACUCCAUCGAACAACUGGCGGUCGAGCGGUCGGGUGAAUUGCAUUUUGAGACUUCACACAAACGUCCCGAUGGAAAAGAAUUCCAAACAUCACACAAAAUUCCCAGACAUUCUUUCUUACCAGAUUCUGAUCUGGGUGCAAUGAAUUUGCUGCCGACAAAAGAACGCCCAGAAUUAAAUCCCGUUUUGAGUGCGCUCAUCAAUGAGGAUGUCAUGAAGAGUAUCGAGGCUAAACGUGCCAUUGAAAAGGAGGAGCUCGAGCAAGUUAAGGCUGAGAUAGAUGCCGCACGCAAGCAGGAGGAGGAACGAAGAGCAGCCGAAAGCGCCAUCGAUGCCACUUAUGUUAUGUUGACCACAGCUGCGCCUGCUACAAACGAUGACCUCGAUGAAGAAAUAAAUGUUGGUUUCGUCGAUCAGGCCAUUAACUUGGAUGCUGCCGGUUCGGAAAAUAGCAAAAAAUCGCGCAUCGAAAUUAAGAAGGGACCAAAUGGUCAGGACUAUGAAUACGAAUAUGUGUACUAUUACGAAGACGAGGAGGACGCCAAGCCGUCGGAAUCGCCGGCUAAGGCUGAAUCAACUGAACGCGGCAAGUCGCGUUACAGCAAUAUCGAACGCACCACAGCGGCGCCAACUGGCAAUAGUCUCGUGAGCAACAAGGCAAAGGGUCGCUCAUCAAGCAUAGCCGACAACGCCGGCGACGACGUCGAAGUCGAACGGCUGCCUGCCAAUACACGUUUCCCCAGCCGCGGCAAGAACGUUGAUGCACAACCGACGCCCGCCUUAGAUUCGCUUGAGAACGCAGCGGAGAGGAAGAAAAUCAGCGUCAAGCGACCAAGCUUGGAACUGGUUGACAGCGCAACCUUCAACACGGACGAAAAGCAAGUGAAGGGCAUUCGAAACAGUGACACCGAAACCAAAUCGGCAAUCGCCAUUGAACAAGAACAAGCAGCCGCCGCAGCAGCACAGGCAGCUGAGAAGAAAGAGGCCGAGGAAAAGCAGCGACGUCAGCCGACUAUCGGUAGCGCUGAGGAAAGUGCGACUGGCAAGGAUGUGGCGGACGAGGAUGUUGAGCAAACAACUUUAUCAAUGGAGAAGGCCGCUUUAGACUUGUACGCGAUUUUAGCGAAUGAAAACUUUAACAUAGACAUGACCACGGAUGCGGAUACGGAGGUAACGACGGUGCUGCCAGACUCCACAAACCCCGACGAAGCGGCAAUGACCACUUUGGUCGACGAAGAGCCCAGCUCAACUACAACUACCACAACAACAACUACCACAGAGGCGACUACCACAACAACCACCACCACUACAACUACACCGGCACCAACGCUGUUUGGCGGCAAACGUGCCGGCUUGAAUUCAUCCGGACGUAAUCGCUUUAAGUUGAACAAGGGUGGCAAAAGCGAAGCAACUACGACGACAACUACAGAAGCGCCAUCGGAGCCACCUAAAACUGGCAAGAAUCGCUUCUCUCGUCCAUCGAUUGGCGGACGCGCGCGUCCAGGCGCACGCACCACAACUGCAGCGCCCGCGCCAGCGGAAGAGGAAGGGGAAGUAGCUGCGCCGAAAGAAGUUAAGCCCGUGAGCUCAGGUUUCGGACGUGGCAGGCCACGCAAUCGCUUCAACAUACGCAGCACAACAACUACAGAAAAACCCGCUAGCGCCGAUGGUGAGGAGAGCAACGAAGAAGCUGUAUCCAGCACGACAGCGCGUUCACUGCGCGGUGGACGCCCAACAUUGGGGCUGCGCGGUCGCAGUCGCACCACAACCGUCAGACCCGCCGCCGCCGAUGAAGAACACAAAGAUGAGGAGGCUGCCGCGAGUGCUGCCGAAGAAAAGCCCGCGCCAGUUAAGCCAGCAUCACGCUUUGCGCGUCCAGGUGCCAAUCGGCUGUUGCCACGUGGUAAGCUCGCGCGUACCACUGAAGCGCCAGCAGCUGAUGAUUCGGCAGCGGAUA